AAUAAUCGCGUUGUAUCAAUGUUUCUCAUAUCCGACACUAAUAAGUGCGAAUAUGUUUCAAAUCAACUUUUUUUUUAAAUUAUUUAUUUUUCCCCUUCGCGCUUGCCGUAGUUGCAAAGCAGAUUUCGCGGGCAGUUUGAGUUGGUGAUGGCGGCCACAACGUCCAUGUUGACUUCACUCGCUCUUUCUAAGCUGCCCAAGUCACGUCGGAGUUCAUUGACGGUAACUUUGUUGGCUUAAACAUCACAUUUAGGUUUAGGGUCUUCUAGGCGCGAUGCGAGACGUCACAAGCGGGCUAACGUUGAGCCAAACAGCAGCUUCGAGGCACGGGCGGAAAUGAGAAGGAGUUUGGCCCCCAGUCAGGUCGCCAAACGGAAGCAAGGGGAGGAUGAUCAUCGAGACGAAAUAUAGUAUAUUAACCACGAGCGGUUCUCGAGAGAAGAUGAAUGGAGAAAAUUGGGACAGUGAUGAAGAAGUCCAAGUUCCAUGGCCACUCAACAAAGCAGGAGGAAGGAAGCAGUCACAAACCAAAUACGUGGCAAGAAUUCUGAGAUUUGGUGAAGACACACGUGAACUGACGCCAUAUUUGAAAGCCGCUCAGGAUGGCAAGGAUGUACCCCUUACUGGUGAUUUGGAAUAUGGCAGAGGCAAGAGAAACAAACAGCCAAAGUCUUGGUCAUCAGACAGUGAGAGCAAGGAUGAAAGUGUUGAGGAGACUCUAUCUGACAGACAGCAGCUGGGAAGAACUUCACCGAAAGAUACAUGUACAGAAAUGGAAUCCCUGAAGAAGGAAGUCCUCCAGUUGAGAGAGGAAAACAAAUCCCUUCGAGAUGCAUUGAGGGUUGUUGAAGGACUUCCUGGCCUGCUAAUGAAGAUGGACGACUUAUCACGUCAGGCAACAAUACUAUCAGCUCGACGUCCUGCUGUCGCUCUGCCAGAGAGGAGCUGGCCAACAGCAGCUUGACAGGAAAAAAAUCCAAUGCUUUUAAGGAUAAGCAUGAGAAACCAAAACUGGAUGACAAGAAAGUGUCUGCUAUUAUUGAUUUUGUGAAGAAGCUCCAUCCCUCAAGUGAAGCAAAUGUGAUAAAGAAAAUCAUUGGAGUGAAACUGAACAUUGCGCAGAAAAUGGGAAAAAAAGAAGGCCUCAGAAACAAAUUCUGCUGGACGUCUAGC